AUGAGCGAGUACUUCUCAUCCUUGAUUGUUGAGCCCGUCGUUCGUUCAGCCCGCCGUCUAUCUCGCAUUAGCACCGGAGAAGACCCUCCUCAUUUCUUGCCAGGUGUACCAGAAUCUUUGCGAACAUGGUACCCCAGGAGACUGUGGAAUACAUCACCUCCAGCAUCCGUUAACGAGGACGAUAACCAGGACGGCCACACCGUCUCGAACUCGACGCUAAUCGGGCCAUGGGCGACUCCAAUACCUUCGCCCCCUCCUGAGGCCAUGGAGUCUGGCGAGAACGAUGCCUCAAAUGCAGAACAACAUGACGCUCCAGCAGCCGCGCCUUUUCCUCCUCUAGAGCCUCAAAUCGCCCAGCAGCCGCAAGUUACCCAGCAACCCCGACGAGCCCGUCCGGGUGAGGUCAGAGCCCAUAGCGACACGUCGAUAAACCCCUUGCGUGAAUUGCCCGAUCGCUCUCGAAUACAUGAAGAAGAUGUUCGAGGUCACUCACAAUCCGAUCCCGUCGCAAGGGUCAGGGAAGAAGCUGGUGCAAGCAGGGCAGCCAACUCACUGCAAAUGGCAAGAGCUCAUUACGGAAAUCAUGGACAAACUCGAUCCCGCGAUGGCUCCGGUACAUUACCAGCAGAUGAUGGUAAGGGCGCAAUGAGACGAAAGAUCCAUGCAAUUUGGCAAGGGGACGGCACGGUCGAGGAGAAGUCGCAAAUGUUACAUUCUUUGAUGAUGGAGCAAUACAAUUCGUCCCGCAUCGGCCUCCAAGGCGGCUCUAGCAUGCCGAAAGGUAUGGCGGUCUCUGCCAGCCCUCUGACAUCGUCGUCCCUAAAGGGCAGCGAUGAGGCAGGGUUAGGCAGCCCGAUGUCUCUUGAUGUUGCACCCGAGGAAGAUAAACGUUUCCAUCUGUCGCCUACCGAUAUGACACCGACGUACGCCCCACCAGACACUGAAGACCAUACUCUAGAGACAGUCGAGGUUCGGAUAGAGCGACAGGCUCCUCAACUAGGCUGCCCGCACUACAAGCGCAACGUGAAGCUGCAGUGCUUCACUUGCAAAAGUUGGUAUACAUGUCGCUUCUGUCAUGAUGAAGUGGAGGACCAUAUUCUUCCUCGCCAGGAAACCAAAAACAUGCUAUGUAUGAUAUGCAACACCCCCCAGCCCGCUUCCCAAACGUGCAAGGGAUGUGGUGAGCAAGCCUCCUGCUACUACUGCUCAGUAUGCAAGCUAUGGAACAAUGACCCUGCAAAAUCGAUCUACCAUUGCGAGGAUUGCGGGAUCUGUAGACUGGGAGAGGGGUUGGGAAAGGACUUUUUCCAUUGCAAGACUUGCUCUGUCUGUAUGAGCAUUGGAGUUCAGUCUACGCAUCGAUGCAUAGAAAAGAGUACCAAAUGCGACUGUCCUAUCUGUGGCGAAUACCUUUUCACUUCUGCGGGCGUAGUAGUUUUCAUGAAAUGUGGGCAUAGUAUUCAUGAGUCUUGCUUUAAGGAUUGGUGCACGCAAUCUUACAAAUGCCCGAUCUGCAGCAAGAGCGUGGUCAACAUGGAAUCGCAGUUCCGCAGUCUCGAUCGGCAGAUCAACGCACAACCUAUGCCUGAAGAAUAUCGCAACACAAGAGCAUAUGUACACUGCAACGACUGCUCAGUGAAAGGGACGACCAAAUAUCACUGGCUUGGCCUCAAGUGCGAGUGGUGCGAAUCGUACAAUACUCAGCAGCACUACCUUUUGGAGGCAGAUGGUUCAGGUUCCCGAACUCGAAGCGAUGACGCCUCGGCAGCACCGGUUACUGCAAGUCCGCCUCUUCCUCAAAACGUUGCCGAUGAAGCAGUCGCAAUACCAAAUUCCAGAGCCGCAUCGAGACGCCCAUCUAUCUCGAUGUCCGAGGUAGGUGGAUCUAGUGGCUCACCAUGGCUACUUCCACAGCCGAGGGGUGCUAGGUCUGUGUCGCCGACGGUUGGGAACUACUUCGGCACUGGAUUGGGCCGUGAGGAACAGGCCAACACACCAGCCCCGAGGACGGAGGAUCAAGAGUACGACUUUUGGGGGCGUCCAAUUGGUCCUCGUCAGGAAGCGAGACCCUCGUCAAGUCGUGAGGACGCUGCAGACCCUGAAGAGGAAGACUCUGAAGAUUGGACAGACGAAUACGACGAAAUGGAGGACGACGAUCUCGAAGAAGACGAGGACGAUGAUGAUAUUGACCAGAUGGCCUUGAUUGGGCAUCGAUAA